CUCGCUGUGUACUUCGAAGACUGUGAAUCGGCUAACGCGCGUGCAGUUAAAAUACACCGCAACCUAAUCAUGAUGCGUAGAAUACGUCAUAACUUCGGAACAGCGUCCGCUAUCAGUUUUGUAGUGCUUAUUUUGUUUACACUCUACCACACUGGCGAGGGAAAGGUGUACGAAAAGUGUUCGCUUGCUAGAACGUUUGAUCGACAGAAGAUCUCCUCGCGGACGCUGAUAUCCAAUUGGGUCUGUCUGGUGAUGGCCGAAAGCGGUGCCGACACCAGCAAGGUGACCAAACUCCCAAAUGAUUCCUCCAACUAUGGUAUCUUUCAGAUCAAUAGCAAAACCUGGUGCCGGGAGGGUCGUAAGGGAGGCCACUGCGACAAGAAGUGUGAAGACUUUCUGAACGACGAUCUCACGGACGAUAUCGAGUGUGCGAAGCAGAUCUACAAUGACAGUGGGUUUGCCGCUUGGAAAGGAUGGGUUAACCGCUGCAAGCAAAAGACGCUGCCCGAUCUGUCGUCCUGCUGGAACUAGGUACUUCGAUUGGAAUAACACUCCAUCGCAUUGUUGGUUAAUAACACACACUUUACAUGACAUUAUUGGUAAUAAAACUAUUUGAUUUCAUCCCACCAAAACA